UUUUUCCCCAAACCAGGAUUUUUCAUUCCCAAAGCGUUGGCAAAUGGAGGAGGAGGAAAAGCCCCGGAGAUCCCUCUUGAGGAGGGGCUGCAAACCCAGCCCAGGGAGCUGCAAGGAGGAAAGACCCUCCCUGAGCCGGGAAGGCGGCCGGAGAUGCAGGCAGAGCUCAGAGCUGGUGGAGAAGCCUCCUGGAGGGGAGAAGCCCCACAAGUGCUUGGAAUGUGGGAAGGGUUUCAGGUGGAGCUGCGAGCUGAUCCGGCACCAGAGGAUCCACACUGGGGAGAAGUCCUACUGGUGUGGGAAAUGUGGGAAAAGCUUCAGGGACAGCAACUACCUUAUGCAGCACCAAGUGAUCCACACAGGAGAACGGCCCUACACCUGCUUGGAAUGUGGGAAGACCUUUGGGUGGAUGUCCUACCUGAGAAACCACCAGCACAUCCACGCUAGGGAGAGGCCCUACGAGUGUCGCAAGUGUGGGAAGAGGUUUCAGACCAGCUCCAAGCUCCUCAGACAUGAGCGGAUUCACACAGAGGAGAGGCCCUUCCGCUGCCCCGACUGCGGGAAGGGAUUCGGGCACAACUCCCAUCUCACUGUCCACCGACGCAUCCACACUGGGGAGAGGCCCUACGAGUGUCCUGAGUGUGGGAAGAGCUUCUUACAGAGCUCAACCUUGACCCGACACCAACGGAGGCACCACUAAGGGAAGCCCUGUGAGUGCCCCGAGUGUGGGAAG